GACCAACAGUUGCCGCCCAGCCAGUUACAAUGGAACAGCAAACGCCAACACUGCAGAUCCGAUUGCUGCCCGCCAAGACUGCCGAGGAGAGAUCACGGAACAUUAUAGCCAAUGUGGUAGUGGAGGGUCAUCAUGCCAAUCUCGUGCCCUACAUUGAUGAACAAGUUCUGGCCAGCAAUGGUGGUGGCGAAUGCGAGAAAGUGACACUGCUAAACCAAUUGGAGGGAGGAACGAAAUCCGAACCAGCACAUCCGCGUCUCAGAUAUUAUGCUGUGGGUCCCUCGACCUAUAAAUUACAGUGCCCCCUGUGCCGGGAGAGAAGUGAGGCUGGAGUGAUGAGAGCAGCCAACUGCAAGGAUAUCAACUGUUGCCUGAGCCUAUUGUCCUGCAUUUUUCCCAUCUUCUGGCUAUGCUGCAUUUGCACCUGGUGUGGCUGCAAUCGGGAAUGGACCACCAAAGGCGUCUAUUGCAAUCACUGCGGCGGCAAAGUAGGCAUUCAGCGCAAGGCCAAAUGAAAUUUAUAUUUUUGUUCAAUCAAUUAAAAAUGGAAUGGAAAUUAAAGAAAACAUUUGUUAAUUCUAUUACGCAGCUAAUUCAAUUAAAUG